CACAACACAGCACAAACUGCAACUGCAAAUUGCGCUUAUAUUUUGUAAGACACACUUCAAAUCGACCUCCAAUAGUUUUAAUAAUUUAAAUUAAAAAAACAAUCAUCAUCAUUAUGAGUUUUCUACAAAUUACAACUUUAAUUCUAGUUUUAGCUUUUCAUUUGGUUUUAGUCACAAGUGAGACUGAUGAUUGUGGCCAUGACCUAAGCACUCCAACUGGCUUAGAUAAAUACAUCGACUUCAAGUUUCUGGGCAGAGUUUUUCGACACAUAGUUCCCUUCCUGAGUACAGAGGUCAAAAUGAAGUUCUAUCUGUAUAAAAGAGCAUUUCCAUCUUGUGGACAAGAGCUUCGCACAGACGACGAUUCAAUGGAGAGGUCAGGUUUCAAUGCUUCACAUCAAACAAGAAUAAUCAUUCACGGUUGGAUGAGUCAAAGUAAAAACGAUCUAAAUCGUGACAUAAAGGAUGCUUACCUAAGCAUCGGAGACUUCAAUGUGAUCAUCGUCGAUUGGAGUGUGAUCUCAAGCUCGCUGAAUUACCUCAAAGUCGUGAAGCUGAUCGAGACCUUUGGCGGAAUUGUGGCCAACUUUGCAAAUCAUCUUCAUUCAACACUGGGUGUGGACUAUGAUGACAUUUACCUGAUUGGUCAUAGUUUAGGGGCACAAAUUGCUGGCAGUGCUGGGAAGCAAGUUAAACCUGCCCAGUUCAACACGAUUUUCGCUCUCGAUCCAGCUGGACCGGCAUUUCGGUUCAAGGACAUGGAUUGCCGCAUUGAUAUGACCGACGCCAAAUACGUUGAGUCAAUUCAGACAAGUGUGAAUUUGGGGCUACUUCAACCAGUUGGCCAUGCUUCGUUCUUCCCCAACAAGGGAAUCUAUCAGAAAUGCUUAGGCUAUGGCUGUUCACACAGCAGGGCGUAUGAAUUCUUCGCCGAGUCAAUAACUAGUUCACGGGGAUUUUGGGGAUCGUUGUGCGAUGAGACUGAAAGGAAAUGGAGUUGCCCGGAGGAGGGCAAACAAUACAAAAUGGGUGGCGAGCCAUCCCAACCUAAGACUGGUACUUUUUAUGUUAGAACUAGGGCUACUGCUCCCUAUGCUUUAGGGAGGUAUCAUAAAUAUUUAUAUGCUUAA